AUGGACCUGAGCGCCGCUGCCGCGCUGUGUCUCUGGCUGCUGAGCGCCUGCCGCCCCCGCGACGGGCUGGAAGCUGCUGCGGUGCUUCGGGCGGCAGGGGCAGGACCGGCCUGGAACGCGAGGGGCGGCGGCGGCGGCGGCGGGCGGACCCUCGUCCCGGCUGCAGGCCCUUCUGCUCUCCAGGCAGCCGCGGCUCUCGGGGCCCGCGCCGCGCGCGGCGCUGCAGGUUCCGGAUUCAGGAACGGCUCGGUGGUGCCACACCAGUUCAUGAUGUCGCUAUACCGGAGCCUGGCUGGGAGGGCUCCCGCCGCAGCAGCCUGCGGUCAGGGCCGCGCGGACACCAUCACUGGCUUCACAGACCAGGCGACUCAAGACGAAUCGGCGGCCGAGGCGGGUCAGCGUUUCCUGUUCGACAUGUCCGGCCUUCCCGACGCUGACGAGGUGGUGGGUGCCGAGCUCCGUGUGCUGCGCCGGGGGUCUCUAGAGCCAGACAAGGGCGAAGCGGCUUCUCGGCCGCUGCUGCUGCUGUCCACGUGCCCGGGCGCGGGGCGCACGCCUCCGCUGCUGCUCUCGCUGGCCGCGGAGCCCCUGGACCGCGCGCGCUGGGAGGUGUUCGACGUGACGGACGCGGUGCGGAGCCACCGCGGGGAGCCGCACUCUUCCGGCCGGUUCUGCCUGCUGCUGCGCGCAGUGGCCGGCUCGACUAGAAGCCCGCUGCGCCUGCAGCCUCUGGGCUUCGACUGGCGGGGGGGCAGGACGGCGGAGGAGCGUGCGCUGCUGGUCGUGUUCUCCCGCACACAGAGGAAGGAGAGUCUGUUUCGGGAGAUCCGCGCCCAGGCCCGUGCUCUUCGGGCCGCGGCAGAACCGCCGCCCGACCCGGGACCCGGCACUGCGGCUGGGAAGGCAGCUCUAAGCGGACGCAGGCGGCGGCGGACGGCGCUGGCGGGGACUCGGGGAGCUCCGGGCAGCGGCGGAGGUGGCGGCGCCGGCCGGGGGCAUGGGCGCAGGGGCCGGAGCCGCUGCAGCCGCAAGCCGCUACACGUGGACUUCAAGGAGCUGGGCUGGGAUGACUGGAUCAUCGCGCCCCUGGACUACGAGGCCUACCACUGCGAGGGCGUUUGCGACUUUCCGCUGCGCUCGCACCUGGAGCCCACCAACCACGCCAUCAUUCAGACCCUACUCAACUCCAUGGCACCCGACGCGGCGCCAGCCUCCUGCUGCGUGCCCGCGCGCCUCAGUCCCAUCAGCAUCCUUUACAUCGAUGCCGCCAACAACGUGGUCUACAAGCAGUACGAGGACAUGGUGGUGGAGGCCUGCGGCUGCAGGUAGCGUGCAGCCUGGGGAGACCCCAACUGAAGAGCAGUUUCCGCUUGGCCUGUUACCGAGCCUGAGUCAGGGUCGCCCUGUGGCCCCUGAGCUCGCACAGAGGAGAGCACAUGUUCACACUCACACCCACACACUCCUUUACUCGCGCACAUUUACCGUGAGCAGCAGCCUCUGAAAGCCUUGGGCUGAUAGCCUUCUGCUACCAAAUGUCACAGCCGUGUGCAUUUUGCAAAGCGAUCACCACAGCCCGCUGUCUCCUUUAGGAGAGAAAAGAACGUUUGUGUUGAUGUUGCCAUAAGGUAACUGGCUCUAAAUUCAGGUAGAAACGGGUUAGGAUUGGACUCUGUCCUUGGAGGACGCGUGGCCCCGCUGGGUGACCGGAUUCCUGGCGUUGGACACUGGGUCCCACUGCAAGGCAGUAAUGGCCACAUUCUGGAGGUAUGCAUCUUGAACUUUCUCACUGUAAGGAACCACUGCAAAGGGCCCCUCCCCCACUUUCAAAGCCUGAUGCCGGCGCUGUGUCAGUUUUGGAAGGGAAGAAUGUGCUGUGGUGCUGCAAAGGUCAGCAACGGCUUUAAAAAAUCAAUUCCAAUUGGGAAUGAUGUAGAAAGUGGAAAGAAUAUUUCUCUCUCUCUCUUUUUUUGGCGGGCGGGGGUGGGGUGUUAUGUUGAGAUGGAGGAAAGAUUUUAAACUACCCAGUCUGAGCUGACAGGACACUGGGAGGCACGAUAGGACCUGCAGGUUUUGAAGCACCUCAGAGGUGGUAGCAGAAGUCAGUGCAAUGGCUGUACCUGGGGAGGUGAGGGCAGGUGCCCGGUUUCCCAGAGAUGUGCCAGGAGGGUUUCCUAAGAAGCUGGAGAAGAAGUUCUCAGGGUUGAGUGUCCUGGGGCCAGCUCUAGCAGAGGACUCAGACUCAUUUGCCAGGUAGACAUAAUCUGGUCCAAGGGCAUACUCAGAGUUCGCCAACAUAGCUUGUGCUUAGCUGUUAAAUCUAGGGUGGCCUUUACAUGCGUUCACUGUGUUGGUGCUGUAGUUUUUUGGCAGUGUGAUAGUGACAGGAAAUGAAGCUACACAAAAGUACUUUUUGUUAGACCUAAACUCACAACCAGCCACCUGCAGAGCAGGAAGAAGGCGCUCUCAGCUCUCAGCUUGGCAGUUGCUGCCUUUCCAAAGGCCUUGGUGUGGAUAGAGCAGGGAGCAAGCUUGAUUCCCACCAUCUGAUUUUUGGCCUAAAGAGGUGAAUUUGUUUGUCUGUGCCUAGUUGUCCUUUGGGGCCUUUUGUCAUUGUUUGAGAAAGAGAAAUAAGCUGGAUCACACCUGCCAGGGCUGCUUUGACAAACCCCGAAGCCUUCAUGGAUGCUGUUGUUUCAUAGUGUGCUGGGCUUUCUCGUUUAAGCUCUGGAAGAGGCAUCAAUUCUGCCUUGUCACAGAUGCCAAGGUACAGAACAGUUUAUAAGUAUUUUAAUUCAUAGUGAUUACACUCUUGAGAGAGAAAAGACCAAAAUUUAAACCCAACUAAUUUAUUUAAGGGCCCCUUAUGAAUCUUUUUCAUUCUGUAAGAUUUCCCCCAAAGGUGAAAAUAAUCCCUGUAUAAUUUAUUCUUAAAAUGAAGAGUUUUCUCCUUUUAUAAUGUGAAUUUAUCUGUUAUGGGUGUGAGUAGCUGUAACUAGCCAGAAAACACAACUAUUUCUUCAGGUUGAAAAAAAAAAAAUCCCAAAGUGGGAGUUUUGUGGUAUAAUACCAUUUUUUUUUUUUUUCAGUUCCUGGGCAGAGAUGUUGCCAUGAUUUCUGGAUUCUGCCAGGGAAGCUUUCUCUUCUGUUUUGAAUGAUGAUUUUAAUAGUGAUUGCUCUGUUAUGUCAUAAUGAAGAAUAAAAAGCAUGGCACUAAAGUUAAAAGUUAUUACAUUAGAAAGUUUAGAAAAGUUUGCUUGGCCAGGUAGUACAUGCCUUUAAUCCCAGCACUCAGGAGGCAGAGGCAGGUGAAUCUUUGCAAGUUCAAGGCCAGCCUGGC